UUUAAUUUUUUUGGUCUCUGAAUAAUUCUCUCGGUCGGCCCCUUGUGGACCUUAUGGCUCGCUCUGCAGCUAUCCGCUCUCGAAUUGAAGCGUUUGAGAACGGAAAGCCAAUUCCCAUACUGUCAGAAAGCCCACCUAAUAAUUCAUGGACGUUUGUGUCGAAGCCACGCCAAGUUUCGCCACUCGAUGAACUGCUCUCUCCCUGGGCGAACACCGUUGCCCUCACGACGCCCAGCCCUACCAUGACUCCAACGCCGCCUCGCUCGAGGUCGCCGUCCAUUUUAGGUAGAAAGUCUUCACUAGUCGACGUCAGUGAAAUUGCAUCCCUCGUGUCCUCGGCGCCUUCAUCUUUGAAGAGUACAAGCGAACAUCUAUUUGGCGUGAGGUCAUCUCCUCCAGCAAAAGUCCCUCCCCCGGUCCCGCCAAGAUACCCUGGGCUUAUUGUUUCUUCUCUAUAUCCUAGUCCCACCUCAUCUAAGUCGGCAGGAUCUGAGUUCGCACUAAAUAAGGACUCCCCUUCCUCGAAUGACGAAAGCCGUAACCCCUCCCCCCCUUCGAUCCCUUCUACAAGCAAGCCACCCCUACCACCUCGUAGACCAGAUGCUGCCAUUGCGGACGACAUUCCCGGUGCCAUACCGAAUUUAUACCCUCAGGACCGUAACAUGUCGGAUACUUCUGCCAGCCCAGCUUACACACCAUCAUUUUCACAGGUCGAACCCGAGCCUCAACCAAUGUUCGGCCUGAUACCGCCUCGGCCCGGUCACGCGCAUGCCAACUCCACAUCAUCAUUCCAAUCAGUGUCACUUUCGGACAGUACUGGAGGUGACAUGACAGAUUCGAAGGACUCGCCCUCAGAAACUCCGUCACGUUCCGUUGCUGAAACGGUUGCUGCGCUCAAUCGAAUGGAUAAUACGAGAGAUCGAAAUUCGAAUCCAGUCCCAGAAAAUCCAUCCAUCGUUGUCCCUUACGCUCCUCGCUUACCUCCUCGAAGACGAGGGACGCAAGGGGUGGUAGCUAGUUCAGCUCCGCAACCAACCCCACCUGCGGCACCAUCAAUUGUGAAAUCCAAACCGGCCCCUCCCCCACGCCCAGCGCCACUGAAGGGCCUCACACCCGGCUACAACUUCCCUUCCGUACAAAUUCCUUCUCUCUCCAUCCGUCGGGUCGCUCCGCCUCUUCCAUCCGUCCCCUCCAUCUCGCUCACGAACAUGCGGACUUCUGGGUUCAAUUCCUCUUCACCUUCUGGUUUUUCAUAUCCCCCUAUCCUACCCUCGUCAAAUACACCGAUAACAUCAGCAUCUUCGGGGAAAAAUGAUGACAGCGCAUUACUCAGUGAGGGUCCCGUACCUUCGGCCAAUCGGAUCCGUUACGAGGCCCUUUUCGAGAGGAAUCUCUCCCCUCCGCGACAGACUGGGAGACAUGUCGAGUCGCCUUCCUCGUCAUCCUCGUCAUCACGAGGUAGCGGGUGGAGAAAUGUAUCAGCUGCUGUAGGUGGGAGGUUACCUGGGUACGUUGUCAAGCGGAUCUGGCUGUGUUCGAAGCUCGACCGUUCUUUCCUGCGGCGUCUUUGGGCCGAACUGGAUAAGGAGGGCAAUGGUGCCUUGGACAAGGAGUCAUUCGUACGAGGCUUAUGGAGAAUAGAUGCCGAACUCAGUAAAAGUCGGAGGUCGCGGAAAUCCUUGCGCUAAUUGCCUGACGCUUGGCGCUUUUCCGACUUACCUGGAUUCUGAUGCAUUUCGGGUACUUCGAGCAAUACCCGGGAUGCGUAAACUGUUCGCUGCUUCUGAUCUUUCUUUACCAACUUUAGACCCAAGUAAUAUGUUUGAUUCGGCUCAGUGCGACGUCUAUAGAUGUAUUUACUGUUAAAAAUGCUGUGUGGAGUGCAGAAUAUUUUGGCUAUAGUCCUCGUCCUCGCCGGUCGUAUAUCUGCGUCAACAAUCCCAUGACGCCCCCGUUUGCUAGCU